AUGAAGGCCGCCCUGCUCCUCUCCGCCCUGGCCUCCUGCGCCAUUGGCCUCGUCGCCGCCGAGGACCUCAAGAUCGAAGUCACCCACCCCGUCGAGUGCGAGCGCAAGUCCCAAAAGGGCGACAAGCUGUCCAUGCACUACCGCGGCACGCUGGCCAGCAACGGCGAGAAGUUUGAUGCCAGCUACGAUCGUAACCAGCCAUUCAACUUCAAGUUGGGCGCCGGCCAGGUGAUCAAGGGAUGGGAUCAGGGUCUCCUUGACAUGUGCAUUGGCGAGAAGAGGACUCUCACGAUCCCUCCCGAGCUGGGCUACGGCCAGCGCAACAUGGGCCCCAUUCCCGCCGGCUCAACCCUGAUCUUCGAGACCGAGCUCCUCGGCAUCGACGGCGUCAAGGCCCCCGAGAAGAAGCCCGUCCCCGAGACGCCCAUCGUCGAGAAGCCCGCCGAGGAGGAAGAGGGCGUCGCCGAAAAGGCCGCCGAGGCAGCUGCCAGCGUCGUCUCCGAGGCUGUUGAUGCCGCCAAGACGGUCUUUGCCGACACCGAUGAGGGCCACGGGGAGCUGUAA